AUGCGCGACGCUGGCCAGGCCAUGUACCGCGCGCUGCUGCAGGCCGGAGCGCACUCGUACACCAGGACCGCGUGCCUCCCGCCGUCGCCGACGUCGAGCGUCGUCGCCUCCUCCCACGCCGCCGCGGCGGCGAUCGUGCCCGAGCCGCUGCAAAAGUCGAGAACGAGGCCGUCUCACAUCGGCGCCGCUCGCGCUGCACGCCUGGGGCAGCUCUGGACGGCAGCGGAGGCGUGGGGAGGCGCGCAGCCGUCUAUCGCCGCCUGCCCCUCGGCGCCGCGCCAGGCGGAGCGCCCAGCAUUAGGACGCGGCACCGCCACACCCUCGUUGUGCAUCGGGCAGUCCCUCCAGCCGCUAGUGCCUUCAAAAAUCACCGCCGCGGUCUGGGAGGACGACGAGGUGGUCUUCCGCAUGGUCGAGCGCCGCGCAGCACCAUACGACGAGAGCGAGGACAUGCACGUCGGCAUCUACACGAGGCGGCAGCUGCCAUCCUACCUCUUUCAUCAGGCCGACACCCACGAGAAGAUGCUGCGCAACCUCGACCCGUGCGGCUCGAAGACCGGAUCGGUGUUCUCCGGACUCUCGCUCCUCGCCGACAUCCUUGUCGACGAUGGGGAGGAGUCGCUUCAGCGCGCCGACGCACCGGAGUCGGCGCGGCCUGCCUCGCCGCCGAAGCCGCUUCCCCCGCCCUCCUCGGAGUCAGAGAAGGAGGAGGAGGAGGCUGACAACUCUCUUUUGAGUUGGAGCGCAGUGGUGACUCCCGCCGGGCUGACGACUCUCUCACCGCGCAUUGUCUUUGACUGCUUCAUCCUCACGCGAGCCUCGGGCUCUUAUUUGCCGCACAUAAACAUACUCAAGGAGCUGUGCAGGUCACGCACCACGUGGUUCUGGCCGUGCUGA